CUUAACUUGUGCAAAAUCAGCCUUACUUGGGCGGCAGAUCAUCAGCUCGGCCUCCUAUCGGCGUACAUACUUCAUAAUAGAGGUAUGUACCUAAUAGUUACCAACUUGUAAUGAGACUAUUCUAACAACUGGGCCAUUGCAUCAGAUACUAUAGCAUUCAGCUGGUCGCACUAGUGAGCAUUCAUAAAUAGUGAAAGGUGAUACUUGUCUAACCAGGUCUAGGCUCGACAGGAAGGGGGAGAUAAGCUCCUCAUAUACAGGAGAAAGGUUAAUAAUCCUGCUCCGGAAGAUUACAUAAUACACUCCAUCCUCAGAUAGGGGAUCCUGAACGCAAAGAUACUUAACAUACUGAAGGAUAGCCUUGAAGAGGCUAUUUGAACCUCUUUAGCUCAUAUCCUAUGUUGCAAUAUUUAGGCAACUUCUAAAUUUUCGGAAACACACUUGGCCUCCACUACUCUCUACCGACGAGAAUUCACCCAUAAUGUCGACUUGCGUACUCGUCCAACCAGUCGAUUCUCCGGAUGACUUCACCCAGGUCUACCGCUGCAUAAGCGAGGCCUUUGCCCGCCAAAUCCAAGAUACUAUUUGGAUGAGCACGAAUCCGAACUGGGAUUCCCCCGAAGGCCAAAAAGAAGGCGCCGCUAAGCUCCUGAGACGCUGGCAGUCGGCAACCAAGAAUAAAGAUGGCCAGCCUAAUACCGUCAUCUUGAAGGCAACGCUGCCGGAUCCCCAAGACGAGAGCAAGCGCAAGAUCGUCGGCGCGGCUAUCUGGAGUCAACUCUCCUUCGUGGACGGCCACGGCGACCGGCCGACGGAUAGCCCCGACCUCACGACUCUACCGGAUACCGAGAGGCGCUUCGCGAGCCAAAUGUUUCGCUCGUUGUGGAAACGCCGCGUGGCACUCGCUCGCGAAAAAGCGUCUUCCGACUCGCCGGCCCUGUUCAUGCUGGACACGUGCGCUGUAGAUCCGGCUUUCCAGCGGAGAGGGGUGGCGGGAAAACUAGUAGAAUGGGGCCUCGAGGAGGCGAAGCGGAGGGGCGGGUUGGAGUGCGCGACCGAAGCGUCACCCAUGGGGCGGACCGUGUACAAAAAGCUCGGGUUCAGGGCUGAGGGUGCGGGGGAAGAUCUUAUAUAUGAGGUUGAUGAAGAAUUCAGGCACCGCGAUAAGCCGGCCAUUCUGUUCAUGCGUACUGGGGCGAGCUAG